AUGCAGAAGCUGCGGCACGAGAGUUCCCUCCGGGGCGGGGGCUCUGGGCUGGCGACACGACUGGAAGCUGGGACUUUAGAAGUGGCAGAUACGAAGCUCCGCGUGGCAGAGGAGCACAAGUGCGGAGAAACGUGGGCUAAAGGAGGCCCUGCCGGCUCUCUGGGAAUUGCAAGCCUCGGGGGUCGCGAGCGGCGCGACAGCGGGUGGCCCCCGAAGCGCGUGCAAACUGCGUGGAACUACUUGUCCGGGAGCGUCAACCGGGCCUGGGCCCCAGCGGCAACCCAGCGGGGCCGCUGCACUGGGCCAAAAAGACAAGCAAAACCUGCCGCAGACGAAGGCUUUUGGGAUUGUAGCGUUUGCACCUUCAGAAACAGCGCCGAAGCCUUUAAAUGCAGCAUCUGCGACGUGAGGAAAGGCACCUCCACCAGUCACAGUCACUGGUCAGGGCGAAGAUUUUUUCCCCCCUUCAGCCCUACUGGAUAUAUACUUUUGUUCUUUGGACUGUUUUUGAGUGUAUGGAAUAGGCAGACUACCGCUCACAACCUGUAUUUAAAACCUCGGAUCAAUUCUCAGCUGGUGGCACAACAAGUGGCACAGCAGUACGCCACUCCACCACCCCCCAAAAAGGAGAAGAAGGAGAAGGUUGAAAAGCAAGAUAAAGAGAAACCUGAAAAAGAUAAGGAAAUCAGUCCUAGUGUUACCAAGAAGAAUACCAACAAGAAAACAAAACCAAAGUCAGAUAUUCUGAAAGAUCCUCCUAGUGAAGCUAACAGUAUACAAUCUGCAAAUGCCACGACAAAGACCAGUGAAACGAAUCACACCUCAAGGCCCCGGCUGAAAAAUGUGGACAGGAGCACUGCACAGCAGUUGGCAGUAACUGUGGGCAACGUCACCGUUAUUAUCACAGACUUUAAGGAAAAGACUCGCUCUUCCUCGACAUCCUCAUCCACAGUGACCUCCAGUGCAGGGUCAGAACAGCAGAACCAGAGCAGCUCGGGGUCAGAGAGCACAGACAAGGGCUCCUCCCGUUCCUCCACGCCAAAAGGCGACAUGUCGGCAGUAAAUGAUGAAUCUUUCUGAAAUUGCACAUGGAAUUGUGAAAACUAUGAAUCAGGGUAUGAAAUUCAAAUCCUCCACCUGCCCAUGCUGCUUGCACCCCUGGAGAAUCUUCUAUGGACAUCGACCUCUUAGCGAUGCUGCCAGGAUAAUUUCUGCUUGCCAUGGGCAUCUGGCCACCAAGGAAUUUCGCACCCUGACAAUUACUCUUGACACUUUUAUGUAUUCCAUUGUUUUAUAUGAUUUUCCUAACAAUCAUUUAUAAUUGGAUGUGCUCCUGAAUCUACUUUUUAUAUAUAAAAAAAAAAAUCUGCUGUGCACAAUUUUCCAUGUACAUUACAACUGGUUUUUUGUUUUUGUUUUGUUGAGGGGGGCUGGGGGGGGAACUUUUAUUUAUUGUGUUCAUAAACUCCAUCCUUUCAGCAUAUCCUCUUUAAGUUUAGUUCUUUCUUCCAGUUAUACUAUGUACUAUCAGUUUUGAUAUAACUAUAUAUAUAUAUAAAUAUAAAAUUAUAUAUAAAGGGUUAUUUGAAACCAAUCCAUGGCAACGCUGGUGCUUGAUACACUGUGAAGUGAAUACAACAUUGAACAGUUACAGAUCUGGGACAGUCCCUUCUAUGAAAGUGCUGAAGUUGAAUUAAAGUCAGUCUUACAUGAAGUAUGUUCCAACCUACAUGGGAAUUUGACUCUCAUCUGUCUAUAAAGAGUACUGGAUGAUAUAAAAAAAUAUAUAUUUUUAAACUAUGUGAUCUUGAAUUUAAAGACUGCUCCAGAUAGCCUGCAUUUGCAAUGGGAUAACUGACAAAUCACAAGUGGUUCAGUUGGGGGGAGGGCUUUGAUCAUCCAAAAGUAAACUAGCUCCAGAAUGCCAAGUAUUCGUGUAAAUUACAGUUACAUGUUAACAUUGCUGUUCUCACUUACACACUCAUGAAAAUACGGUGUUCUGUGACUCAAAUUCCAGCCAUUUUCCAGACCUCUACUCAUAUCUGAGGUAAAUCUAGAAGUUAUGUUAGUUUUAGGAUUAAAACUGCAUUUUUGGCCUAUACCAUACCGGGAAGCAGUCCUUUGUUUCCACUUUGCACAUGACUGCAGUGGUGGUUUUUGUUACUGGAAUUUGUUUGCCUUGUGUUCCCUUGUCCCUCACCGAUGUUGUGAGAAUUCAUUUCUCUUUCUUAAAACGUAGUAUGGUUCAUUUUACUAAACAAAAGUUAUCAACUACACAACAGUCCCAACAUGGAGCCCUUCAUUGUGGAUAUUUCCCAGUUCCCUGCUGUGGGAAGGGACUCCAGUGCUGGUUGGCCAAGGUUCAGGAAAACCUCAUGCUCACGGCAAGAGCAAACGCAUGAGUGAUCUUUGUCUUCCUUGACAGAGAGACUGCUCGAGUGAACUCUCCAUUUGUUUUCACUCUUUACUGUCUUGAAAAACAAAAUCAAAGACCACUAAUACAAUUCCACUUAUUUUAAAAAUGUUUUACUUUACUUUUAUUUGGAUUUGGGGUCUGCCUUCUAUUAACACCUAUGUUCAUAUCCACCAAGUUUGAUACUUAAUUAUUUCAAGCAUUAGAACUUGAUGUUAACCUUCCUUUAUUUGAUCUUACUUUAAGGACUCACGAGAGGGCAUAUAAUGUAAAACAACACCACAUUUUGGUGUUAGCGCAAUUUGCUUAUUAAUAGAACCAACUUCUGUCUGGAGGCAACAAGUAAAAAAGAAAUUAACAGCUUGAAUUGAGUAGCCAACAGUAAAGGUUCCUUUCACAUUUACAUUAAAACUAUUCUGUAAUCCACUAAUUACCAUAAUUUAAAUUCUGUUUUUUAAAGGUCUAGAUUAUAAAGCAGUGCCAUUUGUUGCUGUGGUCCUAUUCUCAAAUGCAUGGACAAUGUUCCCCCCUUUUUAAAAUAAUGCUUGUAUCUGGGAUGCAAGCUGUGCUUAUCUUUUUAAAUAACUUUUUAAAGUAUUUAUUAAUGAACCAAAGGAAAUCAGGUGCUCUCUAUAAGCAUCAGAAUAUAUAAUACAUAGUGAUUUGACUAUGACUUUUAAAUCCACAUUUUAAUAUUAGUGGGAUAUUGCAAAGACAUUCCUUCUAAAGUUUUAAUAUUCCUUUUAUUAAGGGUCUCAGGGAGGGUAAAUUAGUCAGCCAUAUUUAUUUUCCAGAGGUAUAAGGAAUUGCUAAGUUUUUAAUUAACUUUUU